UGUUUUCCUUUGCUGUCGGAGCUCUUAGAGCAUGCAAAUUUUUACAAAUCUGAUAUUUUACAAAUAAUUUAAUUUUGUCUGAGUUUUUCUUAAAAAAAAUAUCUUCACUAAGUUUAAAAUUAAAGCUUAACUAUGGCAGAAGUCGUAGGUAUCCAUCAGGAACGUACAAUUCCCGAAUAUGAAUUGAUACGGAAGCAUCAAAUCAUGACCGAAGACAGAUUGAGGGCUAUUAUCCGAACUCGAGAAGCCUAUCAAUAUAAACUAAGCAAAGGUACAAAAACCCUUAGGGAUUAUGGGGUAUUUGUUGUGUUCGAGAAGAAACUUCACGAAAUGAUCAAGUCCAUGGAAAUAUCGAGAAAUCAACAAUUUCCUGGUCUUAGGUCUGCCAUGUCGAACCGCAUCGUCCGUCUGUACAAAGAAGCUAUUCGUUUUUAUCCGGAUGAGGCUCGAUUGUGGGAUGCGUAUUUGAAAUUUUGUAAAAACAAUUUCCCAUCUGAGGUGCCAACAGCAUACGAAAAGUUAAUUCAGAAACGCGGUGACAAACCAAAAAUCUGGAACAGUGCCGCCCUGUGGUUCCACGAACAAGGCAACAACCUUGAAAAAGUGAAAAGCAUUUUCUUCCGUGGCCUUCAACGUCAUCCGGAUAGUGAGCUGCUAUUCACUUCAUUUUUCCGUGUACUCCUUUCGGAAACGGCAGCCUUACCAGAGGAACAACAAGCUGCCAGUUUAGGACGGGUCAUUGCCAUAUACAACACAGCCAAAAAGAAGAUCUGCAAUGUCAAGUUCUUGGUGAAUUUGAUUAAACAAUGCGGUGAACCACAACACGUUCGGUUUACAGCGCCUCUUCAAAAACUAAUCGUCAACGACAUGAUGCUGCUGUAUCCCCGUGAAGAAGGUGUCUGGGAUGUUUUGGCUCGACGGGUCUUGGCCGGAGAACCUAUUGCUGACUUUCCCCACGAUGCGAUCAUCGAAAUAGGACUUGACGAAGGAAAUACGGAUGUUGUGAUUGAGAAAGAUAACAAUGACGACGCCAAAGCAUCAAAGCCAACACUGAAGGCGCGAAUCGAUGGAUGCUUUAGGGUUUAUCAAACUGCUGUUAAUAUUAUAAAAACUCAAGCAAUGUGGUCGUACUUCAUCAAGUGUAUGCUGGAUAUCAACAGCGACUUAUCCACCCAGGCCGUGUUGAAGCGCAAGAAGUUAGCGAGUGCUUUCAGAGGAGCACACGACGCCAAUUGCAUGACUGAGGAACACUACUACGCAUACAUAAGUCUCCUAGUUGAAUCAAAAUCCAACAAAGAUUUCAUCAUAAAAAUGAUGACAGAAGCCACAAACCGCUACCAAUCGAUGAAGCUGUGGGAACAACGUUUAGCAUUUUACGUAAUGGAAAACAAUCGCGGCAAGGUCUACGAGAUUUUCCGCGAAGCCACAGAUUUGCUCGGUACUAAUUCAUUUCCCAUAUGGAAGUUGGCCAUUCAGUACUUUAUGACUUGCUACGAAGAGAAAGCAUCAAAAUUGCAACAGUUGAUGAGGGAGGCUUGCGCUUUUGAGGCGCCUCAAUUUCUGUCGUUUAGACCACAGUUCUUGGAAUGGUCAGUUGUGAAUCAGCCUCUGUCGUCAACUCGUAGUCUUUACGAAGAACUCAAAACCUUAUCUCCGCCCUGUUUGGAAUUGCACCAAAAAAUGGCCCUUUUAGAAUCACAAGCUCUUAAACCUGACAUUGAAAAAGUGAGAAUCUGCUACGAGAAUAGUUUGUUUGACUUUGGAAAGACGCGCACAGAUGUUUGGAUCGAUUACAUUAAAUUCGAGCGUGACCAAGGCGAACCAAAGCGAGUGUCAAGUUUGUGCGAACGAGCAAAGAUCACUCUGAUGCCAUUGUUUGUGGAUAAUUUUAUAACGGAACACUGUCUGCUUACAGUUGGGGCUUAUAAAUAAAAUUUGUAUCGUUUUAUUUAAGAAUUGUUGUUUUUUCUUUUUAUUUUCAAACCUUAACUCAUAUGAAUCAAAAACAGAACAACCUUAGAAAAGAAUAAGAAAAUGUAAAGAUUAAAAUUGCUGUAAACUUAACUUCUUGUCAAAAAGAAUAAACCUUACUUUUAAAUACA